AUGACGAUAGGUGAAGGCUCCAAUCCUGACACUCUUACUCCUUCAGCUGGUGGUAGAGAAGCCAUAGUUGAUUCACAUCAUCCUUUGUUUCUUCAAGCGUGUGACACUCCAGGUAGUUCACUGGUCUCUACUCAAUUAAUUGGAUCUGAAAACUAUUCUUUGUGGAGCAGGUCUAUGAAGAUAGGUCUGCUAGGCAAAUGUAAAAUAGGAUUUGUGGAUGGAUCUAGUUCUAAAGAGAAGUUUCAAGCUUCCUUCCAUAAUAUGUGGGAGAAAUGUAAUGCAAUUGUCCUUUCAUGGAUCAUGAUUUCUGUUAGUCGAGAACUUCUCAGUGGGAUAGUUUAUGCUAAUAGUGCUCAACAAGUUUGGAAUGACCUGAAGGAAAGGUUUGAUAAGGUUGAUGGAUCACGUAUAUUCUAUCUACAUAAGGAGAUUGCUACACUCACUCAAGGAAUAUUGUUUGUUUCCAUCUAUUUCUCCAGGUUUAAAGAGCUUUGGAUGGAGUUUGAUUCUCUCAUGCCCUGUCCUGGGUGUGACUGUUUAGUUUCAAAGACUUAUGCAAUUCAUUUUGAGUAUCAAAGGCUUAUGCAGUUUCUCAUAGGUCUCAAUGAGUCUUACAACCAAUGUAGAAGCCAAAUUAUGAUGAUGGAUCAUGUUCCCAGUGUGAACAAAGCCUAUUCACUAGUGAUUGUAGAAGAGAGUCAGAGGAUCCUUGGUCACACAAGGGAUCACUGCUACAAACUUCAUGGUUAUCCAUCUGACUGGAAAGGUAAGAAGAAAAUCAGUCCUGGUUCAACUAGCACAACUAGUUUUGCUGCUGCUAGUUCUGGUCCUAGUAGCCUCUCAAGCAGAUCUCCAUCAGGUGUUAGCAAUACUGGUGUCUCUCAUGCAUUUAUGACUAACCUGCAGCAUCAACAGUUUCAACCUCAUGCAACUUCACAGCCACAACAUCCUCAUUUCUCCCACCAGCAGUACAUGCGGAUCCUGCAAUUGCUAGAUCAGGGAAAUGGGAAGACUACCGCUGAUGCUCUUGUGUCUACCUCAGGUACAUCAGGUUUGUUUCCUACUUCCAAGUGGAUAUUUGAUUCAGGAGCUUCCAAACAUAUGGUUCAUAGUCUGCGUAUGCUCAAUCACUAUACUACCUUGUCUGAGUCUCACGAAGGAAAAAUGUAUCUUCCUACUGGCAAUCUUGCACCAGUUAGUCAUAUUGGCUCAUCUCAGAUCUUAGGAGGGGCUGAGAUCACUAAUAUGCUUCAUGUUCCUACUUUUCAAUACAACUUAUUAUCUGUUCCUAGACUAACAAAGGAGUUGAAAUGCAGUGUUAUGUUCUAUCCUAAUUUCUGCAUUUUCCAGGACCUCUCCAAUGGAAAAGUGAGGGGGAUUGGCAAGUUGGAGAAUGACAUGUAUGUGAUUACUGCUGACUGUCAUUUGCAUUCUCAAGGAGCAGAAUUGAGUUCACCUAAAGAUCAAGCUAUUGCAGUUUCUAAGUCUUGUCUUUUGCAUCCUACUACUGAUGCACCUUAUACUGUAUGCCCUUUAGCUAAACAAUCAAGACUAUCUUUUCCUUUAAGUGCUACUUCUACUACUGCUUGCUUUCAACUUUUACACGCUGAUGUAUGGGGUCCCUAUAGAGUUCCAACUCAUGAUAAUAACAGAUUGCCUUCAUCUAUUUUACACAACAAGACAUCUUAUGAGUUGCUUUAUCUUAGAUCUCUUUCUCUUGAUCAUCUUCGAGUCUUUGCGUGUCUUGCUUUUGCUUCUGAAGUCAGAAAGGUUGACAAGUUUACUCCCAGAGCUUUCCCUACUUUUACAGAGUCCUUUACUAAGUCCACUCCAGUUCCUCCCAUUGCUACUCUUUAUUCUUCUCUUUGUCCAGCUUCUAUAGUAUCUGAAUGUCCCUUUUCUCCUGCCUAUGCAUCUGAUAUGUCUGCAACUGUUCCCUUAAGAAGAUCCUCUAGAAAUUCCAAACCUCCAAUUUGGCUUCAUGACUAUGUUACUACUCAGCCUAAGUCCACUUGUCUUUAUCCUUUAUCCAAUCAUGCUGCUCUUAAUCCUUUGUGGGUCGUAGCUAUGCAAGCUAAGAUCAAAGCCUUGGAAGAGAAUCAUACCUGGUCUAUCACUGAUCUUCCUUCUGAUAAACAUCCAAUUGGCUGUAAAUGGGUGUUUAAGGUGAAAUAUCUUGCAUCUGGUGCUGUUGAAAGAUACUAG